GUCGUUCCGAAAUCCGGCGGCAGCUCCCUCCCUCGGUCGGUCGUACGGUCUCGUGCGUUCGCGUCGCGUCGCGCGUGUGAAUGCGUUUGCGUGCGUUGGUGUUGUGUUCUUGUACCUCCCCCUCUCCUCGUACUCCUCGUCGUCGUCCAGCGUCAACACGACUUGGAAUGUUUACAAACACGUCACAGCACCGCCGCCGAUCGGAUCGAAACAGCUGAUCGCAGUCGUUACUCCUUCCCCCCCCCCCCUUUUCACCCAGUAAUGUGUGGUGGCAGCUGAAUAAAGGAAUUCUGCGCAGGAGCGUGUGAUCUCUACAUCUGCGAACGCGAAGACGAAAACAAUAAAGGGAUAACUAAAAGGGCCGGCUGAGGACGGGGUGCCCUAUGGCGAGUAGCGUCGCGAACCAGUGAUGGGCUCGGACACUCACCUCAGCGAGGGGAACUUGCGUCGCUAUGGGAAGCCGUCCAGAUCAUCCAAGAAGAGCAGCAUGCCAAUAUACUCCGACUACUACGAGGAGGACGAUAACCCAGUGAACCUCGGCCAGCGAUCCAUUUCAUUGACGGUGCUGAACCCGGGACAGACGCCGCCGGCGCCGCUGGAGCCCAGGAUGGCACAGCUGGAGACCCUGGAGGCCAAGAUGGCGAGCAUCGAGGUGUCGCUGUCGACGGCGCCGCGCAGGAAGAAGAACGGUAGCAUCGGCGGCGGCGUCGGGGGCGGCGCCGGCGUGGUGGUCGGCCCGGUGCACAGGACCUCCAAGGACAUCGCCCGGGAGCUGGAGGUGCUGCGCAACGCGCUCAGGGACAAGGAGAACAUGAUCCAGAGCCUCAAGGGCCAGCUGUGCAGCUCGCUCAGCAUCAGCCGGCUGUCGGCCAGCUACCUGCGCGGCCAGCUGCAGCCGGGUCACGCGCUCAGCGACAAGGAGCGCCGCCAGGCCGAGGACCGCCUGCUGCGCCUGCGCGCCGACAUGGACAACAAGCGCCUCGCCAUCAAGAACCUCAAGAUGGCGCUGGAGCGGCUCGACAUCACCGACAACAUCGACGUGCGCAUCCAGCAGGCGGAGCUGGAGUACCAGCUGGGCCGCGAGGAGCUGAACCUGCUGACGCUGCUGGAGGAGAGCCGCGGGCUGCAGCUGUGCCUGGAGGACGCCGACAGCAGCCGCGCGCGCGCCGACCACGCCACCGUCUACAGCUGCGUGCGAGGGGCCCACCUCGCCAGCCUGCACGCAGUCGAGCUGAGCUGCGACCCCAGGAGCCCGCGCUUCGGCGCCGGCCCCAGAGACGACGCGCCGGGGCUGUUCGUCGAGUGGGCCGCCGAGGACUCGGGCCUGCUCAAGGGCGACAGGGUGCUGGAGGUGAACGGCAAGCUGGUGCUCGCCAAGUCCAAGGAGGACAUGCUGCGGCUGCUGGCGGUGGCCCCCGACCCCGCCCAGCUGGUGGUGCUGCGCACCAGGGCAGCGCCCGGCACCCUCAGCCCCCACGGCCACGGCGCGGAGCUGCGGGCCGCCCUGGACAAGGCGCAGGAGGCGGAGCUGGCCAGGGACACCCUCAAGUCCGACAACCUCCGCCUCACCCACCGCAUAUCCUACCUCGAGGAGCAGGUGUCCGAGCUGCUGGACAGGGUCAAGGACCCGGCCGCCUGCCCCAAGACCGGCGCCGACACCGCCGCGGCGUCCCUGCACCCUCCGUCCCCCGCCGGCUCCAAGCAGGCGCUGGCAGCCUCGGCCAAGACGACCCCCUCCAAGCCCGAGGUCCAGGUCUUCCAGAAGGGCCCGCAGGUGACGGCCAUCGUGGCCAACCUCCCGGGGCUCGACGUCGGCGGCAGCACCCCCGCGGAUUCGAAACACGUGCUCCCGACCUUGAGGUCCAAGACCUCCUCCCUGCCGAAGAACCACGACGCGCGCAGCACCAAGUCCCUCGACGUCGCGUCCAACUGCUCGUCGGCGGACGUCGCCAGCCACCAUCACCACCACCACCACCAUCACCACCACGGCCGCCGCAAGCACGAGAAGCACGCCUCCCACCACAACCUCCAGAACGCGCAGAGCACCAACUCGCUGGACGUGGGCGGCCAAGAGCUGCAGUCGCGCCUGAACGCGCGCAACAGGUAUCACUCGCAGUUCUAUCUCUCGGAGCAAGUCGUCAAAAGCGCGCACUCGGUUUCCGACUACGCGUCGGAGGCGUCUUCCACCAUCGACUCGCGCCAUCAUCACCACCACAAGAAGUACACGGACUCUUUGCGUCGCAAGUCCGAGCAGCAUUUCAUCGCGGAGAUGAAGAAUGGGAGAUCGCACGUGGACUACACCUCCGAAUCUUCGACGGGCACCUAUCAUCGUGCGCACAGAGACGCAAGGAGCAUCAAGUCGUUAGAUGUGGAAUCCGACGUGAACAGAACCGUGCCGAGACAUUACACGCCCGAGGAGUGGCCCUAUUCCAUACACUCCCAAAGCAGGAUACUGGAGUCGAAAAGCAGCACCGCCUUGGACGACGCCUCCGAAACCUCGUCGAACCUCUCGCACCAGCACAGGCUGAAGGGGGACCCGUGCGACGGGAAGCCGCAGAGGCCCAAGCCGCCGAAGAAGCCCCUGCGGCUGUCUCUGAGCAGGGCCACCAGCCUGCAGGUGGUGAACACGAGCCCCCCGCCCACGCCGGCGACGUGCGGCCGCAAGCCCACCAAGAGGGCCCACAACGGCGAGUCGCCGCCGGCGCUGCAGCCGUCGGCGAGGACCCUGCCCUCCAUGCGCUGGUCCUCCGCGGCGGCCCCGCAACCCGCCAGGGGCGUCAACGGCUUCGCGGCGAGCGAGAAGUGGUGCUGAGCUCUCGCGGCCGCGCGCCGGGUCUCGCCUAGUCACGCGCGGUCAGCCAGGAUCCUCUGCAUGUGGUGCUCAAACACUUGUGCACUUUCAAAAAAUAAUAAUAUAUAUUAUAAAGUUUUAGUUUUACGUACGUACGUAGUUCAUAUUGAAACGCACUAGUCACGAACUAGAAAACUCUUUCCCGCGGUCAAAAAAACUCGGGCAUACGAAUUGCAGUGCAAUUUUACAACAUUGACAACGCACGAGCUGCAUCCGCCAUGAGACACGUUUUCGACGGUUCAGCUGGCAAAAAAAAAAAAAAAAAAAAAAAAAACGUUCAGUUUACGCCCAAACAUUUUGUGUUCCACGGCUCGAACGCGCGAACUAGGAGAAACACCAAUACUUGAAAACGUUUUUUGACUAGACCAGGUACACUAAAACGACUGGGAUCGAUGAAGACACAGGGUACGAGUGCGCGCACCGGCUCUUCAGCCCUUCGCACCGCGUCACCGUAUUCCAGACAGAACUUAGAAACUGUUUGUGCGCACGGUAUGUUGCCCGUGUGUAUAGCUAUCGAAUUUAGCAUUUUUUUUUUUGGUACUGCUUUCCGUAUUACAAAAGUUGUAAAAAAUUUAGAACUAUUUUUACUGUUAUUUUUUUAAAACAAAGGUUGUGAAUAUAACACCUCGAUGAAACUUCUGAAAAGAAAAAAAAUAUAUCUCACAAAUUUAUAAUAAAUCAGCCUGUUUCUUACACUUAAAACGAUUUUCCAAUGAUGUGUUCUUUUCUUCAAGUGUUAAAGUGGCCAGCUCAAAAUAGAAGAAAUAUAAAUGAUUUGCUAUAUAUUAUAAUAGUAGUAGUGUAUAAAUAGGGCGUCACCAUCUUCAUUUUCAAUACUUGCUAUCAGGAGCGUUACUUAACACACAUUUUCAGCUAGAGGGCGCUGCCGCCAUCUUGUUUUAGUAAUCGUUAUAAGGAGCACUAGUGUUACGCAGUACAUAUGCCGUCUGCUAGGACUGCGCUGCCACCAUAUCAAUUUAAUUUUAUCCCACUAGAAUUCCAAUCACCAGACAGACAUCUUGACCGCCAUCUUGAAAUUCAGUAAUUAAUUACCUAGAAAAUCUGGAAAAAUUCCUAAAUUUCAUCAAAAGAAUCAUAUAUCAAAAAAACGAUUAUUUGAUUGAUCAGUCCCCUCCGAACGUUUAUUUUCGAAGGCAGGCAGUACAUUGUCAAAAACACGAAACAGAUUAUCACCGAAACUGGAUAAAUUAUUGUGUUUUGUGACUGUAAAGACUAAGAGUUGGAAAUGUACGAACAAAUUAAUAAAACAACGUAGAUUUAAAUACA